CAGGAUUCGGGGAUCACACAGCAGAAGCCCUCUGCCCAGGCUGGACACCAGAUAGGCACACAAUGAGUGUGUGGGUGCGUGCCGGUCUUUUGGGAUCCAUCGUCUAUUGUCUGCACAGGAAGAGAAGCGCUUUAGCCGAAGUGAAGAGGGACAUUGCGCAGCUGAGCGGACUGAACCCCGAGUAUGAGCUGAAACUGGUGCAAGUGGUGUUUCGGCAUGGAGCCCGAACCCCCCUGAAGCCCAUUCCUCACAAUCAGCAGGUGGAGUGGUCGCCGACUCUGCUUGAGGCUCCCGCACACACUCAGUUUCAUUAUACAGUCACAGAUCUGGAAGGUGGACCCAGACCUCCCUCACCAUUCGAAGAGCGAUAUCGAUCUCACAAGCUCAAGGGUGGCACCUUCCCAGGACAGCUCACCACAAUAGGGAUGCAGCAGAUGUUCAAUCUUGGCAUCAGGCUCCGUAAGGCCUACAUGGAAGAGCAAAGUUUCCUGUCGCCGGUAUUUAAGCCAUCAGAGGUCUAUGUCCGGUCCACCAACAUAGUGCGUAAUCUGGAGUCCAUGCGGUGUUUACUGGCCGGCCUCUACCAGCAAAAGCAGGAAGGACCCAUCACAAUUGUCACGGAUGAGGCCAGCAGUGAGAUCCUCCACCCCAAUUACCAAAGCUGC